CAUAGACUGCUGCUUCCUUGUAUCCCUAUGUUAUUGCUCACAACGACUUCUUCUCCAACCUCUAUCCACCAUCAAUAAGAUAUUUAUCACAAUUCUUCUGCUCGUUCAAUUCCAUACUUUCUAAUAGAUCCUUUUUCUUUUUUCCCUCUACAACCGUUUCUUAUCUUCUGAUCUGAGUCUGAUCACUUACCUUCCAAUGGCGUGUGAGCGUCCCUUACUGUCUGGAAGAGUUCAGCAACCAAAGCUGACAAGGGAGAAUGAUGCCAGCGGGGACUACAAGGUUCUGAAGCAAGUCGCCCAAGACAUACGAGCGAUAUUGAUCAAGGUAUACAAUCACGAAGGGUUACUCAACCAACUUGUCAAAAAUCAACCAUCACCAAAAGCUCAGAUGGAUGCAAGUGUCUAUGCCACGCUAUGUAUUAUCGUUAUGAUACUCCGAUUAGUUGUCCUUGCCUUGUGCAUGAUUGAAGUGUUUGGAAAGGCAGAUUACUGGAGAAUCUACGCACCCAUUUGGAUAGGAUUAUUUAUCCUUUCGAUAUUUGUGCAAUAUAUGUCUAAUACAAAGUGGGAAGAUGUGAGAUCGAGAUUCCCUUACCCCAUUGGUAUUUGCAUAAUGUCGUCAAUCGCUUUUGCUAUGAUUGUGCCCAACUCCUUUGGUUGAGUAUCCCAUUUAAAGAAAAAAUUCCUGCAAAUUCACUAUAGCUGAGAAUCAAACCAUGAGUAUCUGGAUGACAACUUGGAUGCCCUACCACUGCACCAUAGUCCCGGGGGCUUUUGAAGAAGCAAUCAAGCAUCAUGAAAAGAUUGACACCAUUUUUAAUUGCAGUCUUUAUUCUCAAUAAUUUUGUAAGAGAUGGUUGUUGAUUGAAUUCUAAAAUUUUAUUCAUAUUUCUAGUUUUUAUCGUC